AUGCCUUCGCCCAUUUUUUUGUCGCGGCCGCCUCCGGGGUUUUCUGUGGCGGCAAUAGCGCGAGGAAUGCAGUUGACAUUUGUUGGUAGUUACCGAGCGCUGCAAAAUCCAGAACUGCCGAAAUACGGCUACUAUCGCAAGGCCAUGGUGCUUAUAGUCUGGUCCUUGGGCCUGGAGUUGGGGCUGAGGCUCGCGUUUGGCAUUCUUCGCUGGGGGCUUAUGCUCUGUGGGGCGAGUGCGUCGGUAGUCGACAGUCUGAUGUGGACUUUGAAUGAGGUGCUGCUAAUGCGCCAGUUUCUCAUCAUGCUUUGCAACGACCCCAGGUUGAUGGAUGACGUAUUCGUACGGUCUCUACAGUUUGUGGAUCUCACGAACAAGCAGAAGCAUCCUAACGAAAGUGUGCGACUGUACAGCCCGAUCAUUGAAAUGAAGGAGGUGAAUGUUGCCGGUAACAUGCGCAUGAGCUCGUGCAAACGGCUGCUUCGUCGCUUCGCUAAACGCACCCUAUACUUUUUGGGAGUGGGGGUCCUCAGUCGUAUCCCGCGGGUCGGAAUGCUUGUCGUGCCUCUUAUUGCAUUUCAAAGCCUACAAAGCUAUAUCGGCAGCGAUUCUGCGAUUGGCGUGUUUCUGCUUGCCAUGGUUCUUCCCCAGCAUUAUUUCCUAGUGCUUCUUGCAGUAAUGAACGGAUCAAGAGCACUCAUGAACGACCUUUUGCGACCGUACUUUGCUCGCCUGCCGUUCAAUCACAGCUCCAAACGCCUAUGGUUCCAGAACCGUCAAGCAGUUCUCAUAGGCUUUGGGUUUGCAUUUUAUCUUCUAUCCCGUUUACCCUAUGUUGGAUUACUUGUCUACGGGUUCGCAUCUGCAGCUACUGCAUAUCUGGUGACCAAAGUCACAGACCCUCCUCCGGAAAACCAAAUGGAGUUGGGCGUAUGGACAGAACAACAAAGCCUUUGGACAAAACCUAUCUAUGAUUAA